AUGACAGCAUAUACCUUAUCAGGAUUUUUAAAUAGUAACCCAGACUUUGAAAGAGUCAUACUGGAUUUACAUCAGAUUUUCAGACAAUUGGUCAUGAUAUAUCUAAAUGAUCCUAGAAGUUACUCGUAUCAUCCGGAUUAUAUUCAGAUCAACGAUCUUAAUGAAGUAAUUGCACCCCUUCCACGUCUAUCCAACCUUGAAAAGAACAAAUGGGUAAGUUUACCGCAUCUUUUAGAUAGUUCUUUUGAUAGAACUUAUACGAGUAUCCAUGAUUUUUCAUUUUUAUUGAAAUGUUAUCUACUAGACCCGAUAAACCAUGACAAAGAACUUGUAAUUUCCAAAUACAAAGAGACAUUCGUUCCAAGGGGUUUCAAAGUUCUCGGAUAUGGAGCUCAUAGUGUCGUUUUACAUUCCGAUGAAUUCUUCUCUUCACACAUAUUUAAAUUCUCAAAACUAGAUCUUUCCGUGGAAAAUAAGAUCAAAGAAAUACUGGGGAUUCCAAUUUAUUAUCCAAAUUUGGCCGUGCCUAAUAAAUACUUUACCAGCAGCCCUUUGUAUCGAAAAGGAACAUUAACAGCCUAUAUACAAAACAAUCCUAAUCUCACAAACCUAGAAUUACUCGAAAAAUUUUAUCAAAUUUGUUUAGACGUACGAAACAUUCACAACCACCACAUUAUACUAAGAGAUCUAAAGCCAGACAACAUUCUCCUCGACGAGUUUGAUAAACCUCACUACGCAGAUUUUGAUGUUUCAGUGUUUGACACCGACAAAGCAUAUGAUUUCACAAUAACUAGGUUUUACACGGCUCCAGAAGUUGAGCAGAACCUUUUCAAAUCGAAAUACGUUGGUUACGGUGUUAAAUCAGACAUCUUUUCACUUGGAUGCGUUCUCAACUACAUGUUCAAUCACAAUUAUCCAUAUUCUAUAUAUACACCUCUUAUUCCAAAAACAGUCAUUUAUCUGAUUGAUUUCAUGAGAAAUCCAAAUCCAGAUUCUCGACCAACUAUAGAUGAAUUAAUUUCAUUGACCUUAGGAACUAUGAAAUAUUAUAGAUCAAAUCCUGUCAAUGAAGGACACAUUGGAUUAAUGAAUUAUGUACCUAGACCUGAUGACAAAAUAAAUCCAAAGCAAAAUAGUGAUUAUGGAGAAAAUCGUUUCAAGAAACAUGCGGACAAUCGUAAAAAUGCUCAUAAUCCAGAAAACAAUCAAAAUUCAAAUAAACGACCCCCACCACAAAAUAUCAAUCCAUCACAAGAUAGUUCAGAUAGUGACACAGAGGAUAAUUCAGAAAGUGACAAUUGUAAUUUAACAAAAAGUGACACCAAGAAAACCACAAAAAGUGACACAAAGAAGAUUACAAAAAGUGACAUAAAGAAGAUUAUAAAAAGUAACAUAAAGAAGAUUAUAAAAAGUAACAUAAAGAAGAUUACAAAAAGUGACACAAAGACAAGUUCAAAUAACCUCAAACGUGGUUCUAAUAUUUCUCGUAAAAAAGAUCCAAAAUAUCCAGGAACAUUUAGACAGAAACAGAUAUUUUCGGAUUCUCUUAAUGAACUACUUUAUUUAUUGAAUAUGAGGAAUAGUAAUAUAAGUUUGCCAGACGAAGAAUUGAUGCCCAUGAUAUAUAAAAAUCUGAUUAAUGUUAUCAAUUAUGAUAUAUUUGAUCCAGAACCAGAACAAAAUUCUGACACUAAUAUCGAUAAUUUUAUCAAUAUCUUAAUGUUGUGCAUGAAAAUUCGGUUCACUUCACUUCUGACAAAAAUGACAAGUUUACAUGGCAAAAAUAUAUAG